UUAAUUGCUUUUCGGUGACGCUUUAAGACGAUCUUGGAAUUGCGGUUUUGAAACUCCUUUCUUACGGUGUUGUCUACUUCCGGUUUCCGUGACGUGAAGAUAUCUCCUGUUGGGUGGCGGCCGUGAUCGCAACCUCGGGAACCUUGAACAACGUGAAGUGCGAAGCCGAGCCUGGGUUUCUGCGUAUACGCCAGAAGUGUACAUAUAAAUGGCGGCUGACGAAAAAUGGUACUUUACGAAGGAACAACUAGCAACAACCCCGAGCAGAAGAUGCGGUUUCGACGCAGAUAAAGAGCUAAGUUAUCGUCAGCAGGCAGCGAAUUUCAUACAAGACAUGGGACAACGGCUUGCUGUAUCACAGCUAUGCAUAAAUACGGCAAUAGUCUACAUGCAUCGGUUCUACGUGUUCCAUUCGCUGGCGCAGUUCCACAGGAACGCGAUAGCGGCGGCAGCCUUAUUUUUGGCAGCCAAGGUGGAAGAGCAGCCACGGAAAUUGGAAGUCGUCAUAAAGGUUGCCUACUUCUGCCUCCACAGGGAGCAGCCCGCUCUGGACACAAAGUCGGAACAAUACCUCGAACAGGCCCAGGAUCUAGUUUUCAAUGAGAAUGUGCUGCUCCAGACCCUUGGAUUCGAUGUUGCCAUCGAUCAUCCGCACACACAUGUCGUCAGGUGCUGCCAUUUAGUCAAAGCGAGCAAGGACUUGGCGCAGACUUCCUACUUCAUGGCAUCAAACAGUUUGCACCUGACCACAAUGUGUCUCCAGUAUAAGCCAACAGUCGUUGCUUGCUUUUGCAUUCAUCUCGCCUGCAAAUGGUCCAAUUGGGAGGUAAAGAUACCACAAAGCAACGAAGGAAAACAUUGGUUUUGGUACGUCGACAGGUCGGUAACAUCUGAACUGCUUCAGCAAUUGACUGCGGAGUUUCUUCACAUAUUCGACAAAUGUCCGUCGAGGCUCAAAAAGAAAAUCAUGAGCAUAUCUGCGAACCAAAGUCCAAACAUGAGCCAUCCUAGCUUGCCGAGUUCACCUUACGAUAUGGAGGCCCGCAAAAUUCAGUCCCCAGUCUCCGCCCUGGACGGAGGACCGACUUUUCAGUUGAACAGAACACAUCACGUGGAGCGUUCGGAUGACAAGAAAACUGCUUCGUCCUCGGGAAGACCGCCGGUCGAUUACCGAGAGCAUAGAGAAAAGAAGGAACGAGAACGUUUGGAACGUGAAAAGGCUGCCGCCGCGGCUCAGGGCCACUCCCAUCAUCACAAGCCAGUUCCAUCCGGUGCUCAGAUUAUGGGAAAACACUCUGUACCCCAGACGGGUCAAAAACCACACGCGCAUCACAAUCACCACCACCUCAAGCCGGGCGCUCAGCUUCCAGCACCACAGUAUCCGCCAUCCUCGAGGCAUUCCGGUUACGGUCAAACCCAGAGAGAAUCUGGCCGCGAUCCAGCGCGGCAAAGAAUGCCCAGGGAGUAUAAUUCGAGCAGCGGAACAAGCGGAGGAACAGUUUUUACUCAUGGAGGACACGGCGUACCUGUUUCCGAAAAUUCCGGGGGCUCUGCUAUGAUCGACCCGGUCUUGGGAAGAAAUGAGCAGGGAAUUACCGGCGAAACCCCCUCGCAGGAUAAACAGGGAAGUAACAAUAGCCACAGCGUUCCUCAUGCGGUUCACCAUUCGACUGACAACAAACACCUUCAGCCUGGUGGCAACGAGAAACGACAGUAUGACCCAGCGAGACACAAGCCGCCCGAUCACAGAAAAGAGGAAUCGCAAAAACUGUACGGCAAAUACGCCGGGGAAGGUUCCAGGGUCGAUAGACAGAGGAAACAGCCGGAUAUAUUGGAACAGAGGUGCGAGGAGGUGAGGAAGCUGAUCGAAAAACCUUUGCCGUUGUCUUUGACGACUCCGAAAGUCAAGGAAGAGUAUCCUGCAAAUAUGAGUACCAAGCAAUCACACCAUCACGGCAAACUGCAAAGCAAUGCCGUCAUUGUUUUGAAUCAGAUGAAAGGGCAAGCAUUUGGAGGGCGGGAAAAAUCACCCGGAAAUCCUGCGCCGGCGGCCCAACAGAUGCUCGCUAAAUCGAAGCCCAUGCAGGGACAGUAUUCCGGUCAUCAUGGCGUGGCACAGAUCAUGAAGGACGCCGUCCGAAACGGAAACGCUGGAUCAACGGGAUCGACGGCAGCGCCAAUGCCCCUCAAUAUUGACGAUAUUAAAACUGAGAAAAAACCAAGGCCUGAGGAAUUGGAACGAAUUACCGCGGCUUAUAUGUCGACUCACCAAACACCACCCGGAUCUAAACACCGAUCGCUAUUCAGCCCUGAGAAAUCAGUACCGAAUGUCAGAGAGUCGUCGAGUCAUUCCCAGAGAGCAAAACCUAAGCAGAAAACACCGCCGUCCGCUGCUAGGAACAUAAAGCAGGAACCGAUUAGUGUAAAACAAGAACCGAUCGACCUCGUAUCUCCUUUCGCCAGCCCUCCCGGAGCUCUGCAUCAUCCCGCCGAUCAUCCGGCUACGUCUUUCAAAAGAGGUGUCAACGAGCUCACUGCUAUUUCUUCGUCGCAAAAGAGACAUAGAGCGUCGUCUGUGUGCGAGCCGGAACAACCGCCUAGGAUUAAAAUCGAGGACGCAGGUGGACUCGACGCUAUGAAAAGCCUUGGAAGGAUCCCAGAACUGAUACAGCCUAUUAGAGACAACUCAACUCCGUCGAACGGUAAGAGUGCCUCUGUUGCGAGUGAUUUGAAGCCUCCAGAACUGAUAAAACCCUUCGAGCCGGAACCGCAGAGCACCGCUAACGCGACGAAUACGUCCUCCCUGAUGACCCAAGGCUCUGCCAUGAUUCAGCAGCCGCUCUCCAAUGGGUAUGAUCCGUCCAGAUUGAUCCGGCAAGAUCUUAACGAGAAGCGGGAACUCGAGAACCUCGAAUGUCUGUCACCGUUGAAGUCCGCGCGAAGCAUAAGCGCUCUGCUUCAAGAAAAUACAGUACCGCCGAUACCCUCCAUGCUUCAACAGCAAAUGCAGCAGCAGCAGCAAUUACAGCAGCAGCAGCAGCAGUCGAUCGAGGCUCCAUCGAUCGAAAGGAUUUCCGAAGCGCCUGCGGGAGCCUCUGCAACGGUGCAAAGUGCUCAAGUACCCGUAACGCAACCUGUCGCAACAGCACCAGAAGAGAAAAGGUCCGAGCAUCAUAAAAGUGAAAAAAAGAAGAAGAAAGAAAAGCACAAACACAAGGACAAGGACAAGGGCAAAGAGGAGCGGAAACACAAGCACAAACAUAAAGAUCGCGAAAAGGAGAAACACCACAGGGACAAAGACAGGAGCGGUGAAGAUCCGUCGACGAAUCCUCCCACUUCCGGCUCGACGACCAUACCCAUUAAAAUCACCAUACCGAAAGAUAAGAUAAACCUCGGAGGCGGUGGGGAUGCCAGUUUGACGCACACACCCUCCGAAGGCUCCAGCCUUAAGAUAAAGAUACCAAAGGAGCGUCUUAAGGGGGGAGAAAAUACCGGGGGCGGUGAACCUCAGGUCCAGGCGCCCCUCAAAAUUAAGAUACGGACGGGACCCGGGAUUGGGAAUAAUAGCAACGAGGGGAGGAAAAGAGAACGCGAUUCUGAUGUUGCUAGUCCAACGACAGGCGGUGCGCCGCCAUCCAAGAAACACUCACAGGCCGUGAUGAGCGGCCCGACGAUGAUCCUCAACGCCGGAAACUACCAGCAGCAGCAGCGUCAGCAGGGACUCGGCGAAAGGCAGCAAAAUGGCCGGCACUACACGGGCGGAAACACUGCCGGAAACAAUAAGGAAAAGCAUUCGUCGUCCUCCUCCUCAUCUUCCUACUACAAGACUUCGAGCAAGUCCUCUACGCAGCACUCGUCCCAUCCGACGUAGUAACAACGAUUUAUACAAAUGUUUAUAUAGCAAAUUUUCAUCCCUGUCUAUAUUUCCUAUAUUACAAACACACAUACAGACACAUACACACAUUCUCUCUCUUUCUCUCUCUCUUUCUUUCUCAGAUUCACUUUCGUAAAACAAGCCGAAGUUGAAAAGAGCAAAAA